CUGCAUUAUGACAAUAAAACUAAUUAAAGGACAAGUGAACAUCAACUUCGUGGCUACAACAUGAGCUCACGUCACGCCUUCUACACCGUUGAGGUGGGCGACACCAAGUUUACCAUUCUUAAGCGAUACCAAAACCUGAAACCAAUCGGAUCCGGUGCUCAAGGCAUUGUUUGUGCCGCAUACGAUACAGUAACACAGCAGAAUGUUGCCAUCAAAAAGCUAUCAAGACCUUUCCAGAAUGUCACUCACGCCAAACGAGCCUACAGGGAGUUUAAACUUAUGAAAUUAGUCAAUCAUAAAAAUAUCAUUGGACUGUUGAAUGCAUUCACGCCUCAGCGUACACUAGAAGAAUUCCAGGAUGUGUACCUUGUUAUGGAACUUAUGGAUGCGAACCUGUGCCAGGUCAUACAAAUGGAUUUGGAUCACGAGCGGAUGUCCUAUCUGCUCUAUCAAAUGCUAUGUGGCAUCAAGCAUCUCCACUCGGCUGGAAUCAUUCACCGGGACUUGAAACCAUCCAACAUUGUUGUAAAAUCAGACUGUACUCUCAAAAUAUUAGAUUUUGGUUUGGCCCGUACUGCCGGCACGACUUUCAUGAUGACACCUUACGUUGUCACCCGGUACUAUCGUGCUCCAGAAGUGAUCCUGGGAAUGGGCUACAAGGAGAAUGUCGACAUUUGGUCGGUGGGCUGCAUCAUGGGUGAAAUGAUACGUGGUGGUGUAUUAUUCCCAGGCACAGAUCAUAUUGAUCAAUGGAACAAAAUCAUUGAACAAUUGGGUACUCCGUCCCAGUCCUUCAUGGCUCGUUUGCAGCCAACCGUUCGAAAUUACGUCGAGAACAGGCCACGUUACACGGGGUAUCCUUUUGAUCGACUAUUCCCUGAUGUGCUUUUUCCGACCGACUCGAAUGAACAUAAUCGACUGAAAGCUAGUCAAGCACGCGAUUUGCUAAGCAGAAUGUUAGUAGUAGAUCCAGAACAUCGCAUAUCUGUCGAUCAAGCAUUAGUCCACAGUUACAUUAACGUUUGGUACGACGAAAGCGAGGUCAAUGCGCCUGCUCCCGGGCCCUACGAUCAUAGUGUGGAUGAACGCGAGCAUACGGUUGAGCAGUGGAAGGAACUGAUCUAUCAAGAAGUGAUGGAGUACGAAGCUCGCAAUAAUCUAGCAGAUGGAGAAGGUGCUCCACGGUAG